GGGUUCACUUAGUUCUUGCCAAACACCAUCUGCACUUUGUUCUCUCCGCCCGAAUUCGUUUUUUCUUUAUUAUAACAAACCAACUUUUCACCUAUUCUGUGUGCAUAUAUAUUUGAUUCUUCAUCUCCCUCAUUAUUAUACUGCAUUUUCUCUUCAUUUGUUUGAAUCAAGAAUCCAUUUUUCUUCGUGGGGUUUUCUAGAUGGCUGCUAUUAUACAAGGAAUUGGUGCUGCUACUGCACUAACCUCAGCCAAUUCUUUGGACACCAAGAAGUCAUUUUUCUCCAAUUCUCGCAGAUCUUUGUCAGUUGGUGCAGAGAGGAAAGGAAGGACUUUUGUGGUUAGAUCUGAUGGGCGUUUGAGCUAUGGUUUGAAUGGACGUGGAGGAAGAGCUGAACAAUUAAUUACUAAUGCUGUUGCUGCUAAAGAAGAUACUGCUGCAGCUUCUACUUCAUCAAAGCCAGGGCAUGAACUACUGCUCUUUGAGGCCCUCCGUGAAGGUCUAGAGGAAGAAAUGGACAGAGAUCCCGCUGUUUGUGUUAUGGGUGAAGAUGUCGGUCAUUAUGGAGGUUCGUACAAGGUGACUAAAGGCCUUGCCCCAAAAUAUGGUGAUCUCAGGGUUCUUGACACUCCCAUUGCUGAGAACUCUUUCACUGGUAUGGGCAUUGGAGCUGCAAUGACUGGUUUGCGUCCAGUUAUUGAGGGAAUGAACAUGGGAUUUCUUCUUCUAGCCUUUAAUCAGAUAUCUAACAACUGUGGUAUGCUCCACUACACAUCUGGUGGCCAGUUUAAGAUACCAGUCGUCAUCCGAGGUCCUGGUGGAGUUGGUCGACAGCUCGGAGCAGAGCACUCUCAACGCCUUGAGUCAUAUUUCCAGUCAAUUCCUGGAAUCCAGAUGGUUGCCUGUUCAACCCCCUACAAUGCCAAGGGCUUGAUGAAGGCAGCUAUCAGAAGUGAUAACCCUGUGAUUCUGUUUGAGCAUGUUUUGCUCUACAACCUCAAGGAGAGAAUUCCAGACGAAGAGUAUGUGUUGAAUCUUGAAGAAGCAGAGAUGGUACGACCUGGUGAGCAUGUUACCAUUCUAACUUAUUCCAGGAUGAGGUAUCAUGUAAUGCAAGCUGCUAAGACACUUGUGAACAAGGGUUAUGAUCCCGAGGUCAUUGAUAUCAGGUCACUGAAACCAUUUGACCUUCACACCAUCGGGAAUUCAGUGAAGAAGACUCAUCGCGUCCUCAUUGUCGAGGAAUGUAUGCGUACAGGAGGUAUUGGUGCCAGCUUGACAGCUGCUAUAACCGAGAACUUCCAUGACUAUCUCGAUUCCCCAAUCAUAUGUCUGUCCUCACAGGAUGUGCCAACGCCAUAUGCUGGGACGUUAGAGAACUGGACCGUUGUCCAACCUGCCCAGAUUGUUACUGCAGUAGAACAGCUCUGCCAGUGAUUGUUACUAGACAUUUUAGUUUUUGGUACUUACAAGUUCUAGUUAAGGUGGGAUGAUUGGUCCAUUGUUGUCUACCUGCACCAAAAUAGUAUUUGGAUUUUUAAUGUUUUGUUAAGGUAACAAGACUUCAUGGGAACAUUAUCAUUGUUUUGUCUCAUUAAAGUUUAGCUCUAUUUGAUAAAUUAAAGCUGGAGUUGUCUUACAUUUAAAUAUCAUAUGACAGGAUGUGGUUUUCCA